ACAGCUGUCUAUAAAUGUGGGAGGAGAAGCAUCCUUCCCAUUCAAGCCUCUGGAAGAAAUGGCUACUCGCAUUCCAUCAGCUUCUUUCAUUUUGGCUAUUCUCUUUUGCUCUGGAGCCAUUGUAGCUGCAGACUUCGAUUUCUUCUACUAUGUUCUCAUGUGGCCAGGAGCAUAUUGUAGGAAAGAAGGAUGCUGCCUUCCCACCACAGGUGAACCAGAGAUAGACUUUCUCAUUGAGGGCAUGUAUCCUGCUAAAAAUUCAGGAGAGCUCGUCUCAAAAUGCAAUGUCACUACUCAAUUCAAUGUGAAUCAGGUUGCUAGGAUUAUCAGUGACAUGUACGCGUAUUGGCCGAACAUCUCAUGUCCAAGCAACAACGGUCUGGAAAGCUGGAAAAGUCUGUGGGAACCGUACGGUAAUUGUACGGGGCUGAGCCAAUUUCAGUACUUUAACGGGGCCUUGCAACUGCGAUCAACGGUCGAUUUGCUCUCCAAGCUGAGAAGAGCAGAUAUCUUGCCUAACGACAAAGAGCACGACUCAAGCUGGCUCUUUGCUGCCAUUAAUGAUGCAGUCGGAAAGAAAACAGCCAUGCGUUGCGUCGAGACCACGGAGUGGUGGUUUAUUAAAAAAUCUCAGCUCUCUCAGGUCUGGUUCUGUGUGAACAAGAAUGCUACCACAAUCAUCAAUUGCCCUGUGUAUCCUAAAUUCACGUGUGAGGACAAGGUCACGUUCAGUUCAUUCACCUACAACAUGAUGAAAGACACUUCCGAAUCUUUCAACCCCAUCCAAAUGCCCACAUCCCUCUCCGAAUGAUCUUGGCCACUUAUCACGGUUUCUUCCGUUGCCCUCUAGUGCUAGGAAAUGUAAGUGUGAUGUUGGAUUUUCUGGUGUAAGCUUUGUUGUAUGCAGCGUGUUUGCUUUAUCCGGCUACUCCUUAGAAUAAAAGAAAUUAAAAGGGAUUUUUCCCUGGAUGUUGUAUUUGA